UUUCCAAAAACAUCACGUUCACCAGUCACUCAUCACAUGCUUCUGGUCCAUAUUCUAUUUGAAAUUUCUCAGGCUUCAAAUAAUGUUAAAAAAAAAUUAGUACUAAAAUAAAUCAAUAGAUAAAGAAACUUCCUAUCUGACUAGACCUUGCCUAGAUUAUUUAUGGGUUCUUGUCUGAAUUUUCACUGACAUUCCUCAGAUCUUUGGCUGAACUGUUUCUUGAGUACUAAAAUAUGAAAAUGGCCUUCCAAUCUGAAGUCUGAAGUAGCCCAAAAAAACCUGUCUUUGCUUUUACAAGUUUAUCCAAUCUUGUUUUGCUCUUGUGGGAGUCUCUUCAAUUCAAAAGAUGCAGAAACUCCUUUGAGCUUGAUGCGAGAUUUAGUUGCUCUUCAAAAUGGAAAAAAGAAAAUGGUUGUGGAAGAAAAAACCUUCAGAGAGGAGCCCUGGUGAAACUGAUAGCUCGGGAUCAUCACUUUCAGAGAGAUACUCAGAUGAGCAGCAGAUUGAGCAGGAGGAAGUGAAGGAUUCUCCAAAUGAUAGGACUCAAUCACCAGAAGUCACUUCAAAAGUUGUACUUGCUGAUGAAGAAGUUACAGAUACUGUUAAGAAUCUGACAGCAAAAUUAUCAGCUGCCCUUGUCAAUGUCAGUGUCAAAGAAGACUUAGUCAAGCAGCACGCCAAAGUUGCUGAAGAAGCUGUUGCAGGCUGGGAAAAGGCGGAAAAUGAAGUGACAGUUUUAAAGCAACAACUUGAGGCAGCCGUCCAGCAGAACUUGGCUUUGGAAGUUCGGGCGAGUCAUCUUGAUUCUGCUCUCAAGGAAUGUGUCAGGGAAUUGAGGCAAGCAAGAGAUGAGCAGGAGGCAAGAAUUAAUGAUGCUGUGGCACAAAAAACUAGUGAAUUGGAAUCUGUUAAAAUUGAACUUGAGAACCAGCUACACCAGCUAAAGACUAAUGUAGAAUAUACACUAGCUCGUUAUCCUGCAUCUGCAGAUCCAAACAUUCAACUUAAGCUUGAAUCUUUGGAGAAAGAAAACUCAAUUCUCAAGUUUGAGCUUCUUUCUCGUUCUGAAGAAUUAGAAAUUAGGACUAUUGAGAGGGACUUGAGCACCCAAGCUGCAGAAACAGCUAGCAAGCAGCAACUAGAAAGCAUAAAGAAGGUUGUCAAGCUUGAGGCUGAGUGUAGAAGGCUGCAAACUGUUGCUCGCAAAUCAUCAUCAAGUUAUGAUCACAGGUCUACUGCUUCCUCUGUUUGUGCGGAGUCUGUUACCGACAGUCAACCUGACAGUGGCGACCGUGUCAAUACAAUAGACAAUACUCACAAGAAAUUAGAGCCAAAUGAGUGGGAGCGAAACCGCUCAGAUUCAUGGGCGUCAGCUCUCAUUGCUGAGCUAGAUCAAUUUAAAAAUGAAAAGGAAUUGGCUAAAGAUUCUCUAGCCUCCUCAGUGGAGAUUGAUAUGAUGGAUGAUUUUCUUGAAAUGGAACGACUUGUUGCAUUGCCUGACGCUCAGAGCAAAUUUCCUUCACUUGAAUCGGAACCCAUGGCAAGCAAGUCUAGUGCUAUAGAGAACUCGGUAAAACCUGAGCUUGAAACCAUGGUAAAUAGGGUAGCUGAACUUGAGGAGAGACUGAAGAAGAUUGAAGAAGAGAAAACUGAACUACAGCAUGCUUUGACUGAAAGUGAGGAUUCCCUUAGGGCAUCACGAGCAGAACUUCAUGAGGCUGAAAGCAGGCUUGAAGAUUUGCAGAAAGAGCUUUGUGUUGUGAACGAGGCCAAGGAGUUGCUUGAGUUUCAGCUUAUAGGUAUGGAAGUAGAAGCACGGACCCUGUCAGCAAAUGUUGAUUCUUUAAAGGCUGAAGUCCAGAAGGAACGUAGUUCUUCAGCCAAAAUGGCAAUGAAAUAUCAGGAGUUAGAGAAUGAGCUUAUCAAAAAAUCGCAAGAAAUUGAGCUUCAGCAAGCAGCAAAUUCAAACAGCGAGUUAAAAAUAAAGCAGGAGGACCUAGCAGUAGCAGCUGAUAAACUUGCAGAAUGCCAGCAAACAAUUGCAUCCCUUGGAAAGCAGCUUCAGUCGCUAGCUACGUUGGAAGAUUUCUUAACAGACACUUCAAACCUGCCAGGUUUUUCUGGGAACAAAGCAAUGGUUCCUGGGUCCGCUGCAGAGUGGAAGGCGCGUGCAAAUGAUGCAUUUGUGCCUAAAUAUGAAUCAGAUCCUUCCAGAACACCAGCAUAUACUUCUAGCCUCUCAACGAAUGGGAUUGAAGGGGAAUCACCAGCAUCUUCAUCAUCAUCAACUUCAUCUGCUAAUAGUACCUCUGCCAGAAACCGUAAUGGUUUUGUCCGGCUUUUCUCUCGAAGUAAGAGCGGAAUCAACUUGAAAAUCAUCAAGGAUAGAUACAAGAAGAACUUAGGGAGGGAAGAAUUUUGCCAUUUAGAGGCGUAUGUAGGUUUCUUUGUUUAGAAGGAUAGCCGAUUAAAUGCUGUUUAAUUGGCAUCUGACUGGCUUGGUGAUGAAGCAUUCAACUUGCUCUUGGUUUAUGAUCAUUCACAUUUGUUUCUUGAUCUGUUCUGCUUGAUCUUUGUUUUGUCUUUAUAUUGAUCUUCAAGUUGAGCAAAAAUUUGCUGUUCAGCAUUAUUUGCCUAAGCUGAAUAAACAAAAUUCUUCAAUGGA